GUAAGUACAAGACAAAAAGCACAGGACGUGUGUAAUGCUGAACUCUAAACUGUGCCUCUCCUGUUGUUUGUGAGUGUGCUGUGGAUGUUUAAGAGAGGGGACGAACUGAGGAGCACUGAUGACUUGUGUCCGUGUUUGGAAACGAGGGAGGAGCAAACUGUGAACCUGAGAGUCACAGCAACAGCACACACACUCUGCUGGAGUUAAAGGGAGAAAACCUCGUGCUCCACUUUGUUUACUGUCCUGAUUUUCACUGAAGAGCGUCUGAAGAUGUGAGUACCGCUGGAGAGACACGCCGAUCAACUUCACAUUGGUUUUCUUUUUUCUUUUUCCACCCUGUCGUCCAGGAAACAAGGGAAAGGGAGAAACAAAGCAGAAAAGAAGUUCAAAGAAUCAUGCUUUCAGUCGUGUCUCUCCUCUUCCUUGUUCCAUGCGCGCUGCUGUCCUCGACGCAUGUAGCAGUGAUCUCCCCUCAGGAUCCUGUCCUGAAGAUCGGCUCCUCUCUGACAGCUACAUGCACGCUCAGUCCUGAGCUCGGCCUCCAUGCCGGCUCACUCUACUGGACUCUGAAUGGACUGAUUCUAUCCAGCAGCACUUACAGCGUGCUGAGUCCUGAUACUCUGAGUGUCACCCUCCACAACCUCAACGGCUCCCAGCAGCAGUCUGGAGACAACCUGGUGUGUCACGGAGCAGGUGGACAUGUCCUGGCUGGCUCAUGUCUCUAUGUGGGCAUGCCUCCCGAAAAGCCGGUUAAUAUCACAUGUUGGUCUCGCAACACAAAGGACUUAAGCUGCAAGUGGAGCCCAGGGAGCUGGGGUGAGACGCACAUCCGAACAACAUACACCCUCAAGUACAAAUUGAGGUGGUAUGGAAAGGAGAUGGAGUGUGAAACUUACGGCACAGGGAAGCAACGUUAUUCCUGCUAUGUCCCCCGCAACCUCGCCCUCUUUACUCCGUAUGAGAUCUGGGUGGAGGCAGCCAAUCAGCUAGGCUCCAUCACCUCUGACAUCAUCCCCCUAGACAUCCUCGAUGUAGUGACCACAGACCCUCCUGUCAACGUGCAGGUGAGCCGCGUCGGCAAACUCGACGACCAGCUGACGGUCCGCUGGGCCAGCUCCCGAGAGCUCAAGGACAUCCUGUUUCAGGCCAAAUAUCAGAUCCGCUACCGACUGGAGAACAGUGCUGAAUGGAAGGUUGUGGAUGAUGCUGGCAACCAGACUUCGUGCCGGCUGGCAGGCCUCAGGCCUGGGACUGUCUAUUUUGUCCAGGUGAGGUGCAAUCCAGUGGGCAUCUAUGGCUCCAGGAAGGCUGGAAUCUGGAGUGACUGGAGCCAUCCGGCUGCUGCCUCCACUCCUAACAGCCAGCGGCUGCAGAGCGGUUCCUGUGACUCCAAGCCCAGUGAGCAGAACUCCACCCUGCGGCGGGAACUCAAGCAGUUCUUCGGCUGGGUCCGCAAGCACGCGUAUGGCUGCAGCGGGAUGUCAAUCAAACUGUACGAUCAGUGGAGGGUGUGGCUGCAGAAAACAGACAGAACACGCAACCAGGUAGGUUUUACAAGGAGAUAAUUCAUAGCAUCACCACUCAAGAUCACUGUGGGGUUUAAUUCAAGAACAGAUUACUGGCCUUGUGGGUCCAAGCCACGUAAGAGAUCCACAGCCUCGCCUGAAGGAUACCGCAGUGCUUGGUCAUAAAGCCUUAACUUGGGUUUAAAGGGCCCGGGUGGAAGAUAACCUAAGUGAGACAAUGCAGCCCUUUUCUGCUGUUAACUGUCUGUUAGAUCUGUUUGCACACACAGUUACAUUCAAGCCCUCAGUAAAGGCACUUUUUUUUUUUUGAAAAUGAAAAAGUGUUGGAAGUGUUAUUAACGUGCUAGCUCAGCGGUUACAUCAUGCACCACAUGUACAGAGGCUACAGUCCUUGAAGCUGGCUGCCCAGGUUCAAAUACGAUUCACGACCCUUUGCUGCAUAUCAUCCCCCACUCUCUCCUACCAGUGUCCUAUUCUAUCCACUUCCCUAUACUCUGAAUCAAGGCAUUAGAGCCCAGAUAUACUCCUGAAUAUAGGCUUACUCAUAACUGAAUGAGUUUAUAAUGCUUUAGUGUUUUAUAUUUCAUUCAAGGAACGUCUACAAAUAUAAACAGAGCUCUACUUUCAGUAAACAAGUCAACAUGUAACAACCAUAACCAAGUUUUUCUGGGUCAAUAUACAUGGAAGGUGAUUUGUGAAACUGGUUUCAACCGUUAAAUAUUAAUGUACGAGUUAACUGUGAUCAGUUAUUUUAUUUAGCAGUUGUUUUUCUUGACACAUCUGCUGAUUGUUUUUUCAAUUAGUUGAUAAAAAUGUUUCAAGUAGUAUCUUGCUGUAAUCUGGCCAAUCAUCUUAAAUCUAAAACAUUUAAUUCACAAUGAAAAAUAACUGAGAAUAUCUGAUAUAUGAAUGUUACCACUUUGCCUCAAACGCAAACUGAUGUGUUUUUAAAAUAGCUUUCAAGUUAUUUUUCAUCUAACAACGCAUCAAUGAGGUUAAAGCUGCUGUUGGUAGUCACAGAGAGAGGGACUUCAAAUGUCAACACUAUCCCUCCCAACCAGAUUUCCUCUUAGCCCCCCAACACAGAUCGGCGUGUGCAGUCAUGAUAGUGCCGGACUCAUUCCCCUCGUUCUCGUUAUGAUGGACCUAUCAUAGCUAAUCUCCAAUCCUCUGUCCUGAUUGGUUAAGGGGCAGUCCCUACUACAUCCUCCAAUUGGUUAUAAUAACAUUGCUUGAUACAAAGGCAUUGGAAAAACAGAGAUUUCACAAUAGUCUCAAAAUUACUCCACUUACCGAUGAGUACCGAUGGGCAUGAUGACCUUUUCUCCAAACCCAGAAGAAAAAUAGUAACGUUUUUUACACCAUUCCCACCAAUAGCAGCUUUAAGGCCGAGGUCAAUGAAACAAAAUUUGUAACAUAUACAGAGCUCAAGUAGCAAUUAAACAUGCAGUGUAAGCCUGCUUUUAGUUUAAUUUAGUUGCCAUACUACAAUGUGCAUCUGUUGCAUUAUUAAUUCAACCCCCAUGAAUCAAAGGCUGGCUAUGUGUAACAUGUAAAUACUGUCCAGUGUGUAACAGACUUUUUUAAAGAUGUUUUGAUACUAUUUAUAUUUUUCUAACCUGCAUAUUAAGAUUUAUUUCAAGUUAUUAUUUUCCUGAAAAGUACAAAAUAUGAAAAUUACAAUGUAUAAAA